AUGGGAAACUCGUAUAGUAAAGAAGAAGUAGUCGUCGCGCAGAAUGGAAGUCAAGUCGAGUCCUACAAUACCCAGCAGAGCAUGUUGUUAGUGGCCAUAGCAACAUGUUUAGCCAUGAUUACCACAUACGUGGUCUGGAAGUCAUGCCGUAAUCACGCGAAGGACAGGCUACGAAAGCAGGAACUAAAUGUUUUAGAUGAAUGCUGUCACCAUUCUGGUGCACCUGUCUUUCAUGAUGCUUACAAAGGAUGGUCAUGUUGCAACAAAAAAAGUGUCGAUUUCACUGAAUUCUUAAAUAUAAAAGGAUGCACCUUAUCUAAACAUUCUAAUGUGAAACCACCAGAACCUGAAAAAAAACAAUUAGAUAAAGAAUUAGACAAGAAAGCUGUCAUUGAAGUUAGAGCUCCAAUACUAGGACCACAAUUGCCCAGACCUCCUUUCGAUUCACCUUUAGUUACUGUAGAAGCCCAUAUUGCUGACUCUUUGAAAAAUGUGGUCCAAUUAACUCCACAAAAGUCUGUAGCAGAUUCAGACGGGACAGUAGCAAUCGGCACAUGUUGCAAAAAUGGAGGUUGUAAUACUGCAUAUGAGGGUCCACAAACAAAUGACUCCAUAUGUACCUAUCACCCUGGUUGUCCAGUUUUCCAUGAAGGCCUAAAAUUUUGGUCCUGCUGUCAAAAAAGGACAACAGACUUUAACACUUUUCUGUCCCAACCAGGUUGCACAACAGGGUCUCAUAAAUGGUUUAAAGAUAGCACACCAGCAGGCACUGUAAAAUGUCGAUGGGAUUGGCAUCAAACACCUGAUUUUGUUAUUGUUAGCGUGUAUGCUAAAAAGUAUAAUCCAACAACAAGCUAUGUGAAACUGAAUCCCAUCCGUCUAAACACUAAGUUGGUGUUCCAUGAAGAUGAUAAUGCAGUGUUUGAACUGGACUUAGAAUUGAGAGGAGUUAUUGAUGUACAAAAGAGCAGUGCAUCUAUGCUAGGAACAAAAGUAGAAAUUAAGCUGAAGAAAGCAGAACCAGGCGCAUGGAGCAAGUUGGAUUUUCCUAGGACUGAACCCAAGAAACAAACAGUGCACUCAGUACAAUUGGAUGAGAGGGAUGAUUUAGUUGACUUGUCUUCAGUAGAAGCUGUUACUCCUAUCAACAAGCUUAAUUUAACAGGU